AUGGCCGACUUCACCAUGUACCACGCCCUCGGCGCAAACUCGCCCGCCGCAAAUGGCCAGCAGCCGUCCCCGCAGCAGAAUCAGCACCGCCCGCCCGUCGCUCCGAGCCCCUCUGGCUACCAGCAAUCCGGCUCGGCGUACGGCAAUGCCCCUCCGAAUCAAUAUGGCACACCGCAACAACCCUACGCUGGCACGCCGCAGCAGGACCAGGGCUACUUCCCUGCGCAGCCUUCCCCAGCCCAAGGGGAUGUGUCAGGGUUGACCCAGCAGAUGGGAGGCAUGGGACUCGGUGUGGACACUCAAGGCCAGGCGCAAGUUUACAGGCCGCACAAGAAGAAGGACAGGCAUGCCUACCACCAGCUGGAUGCCGCUGGGAGCUCGCAGGCCUACAGCGGAAUCCCUCAAGGAGGCGCAACCACCCCGUCGCAGUUCCUCAACCAGCCCGUGACCCCUGCCAUGAACCAGUUCCCUGCCGCUGCUGGCAAUUUUGUCCCGGCGAACCCUGCCACCCCCAUGCAGUAUGCUGCGCGCGGCGGCUCGUUCAAUGGCUCCGUUGCGUCUUCUACUCAGGGAAAAGUAGAUCCCGAGCAGGUUCCAAGUAUCCCUCGAGCUCGCGAUAUCCCGGCACAGUUCUACCAAGAGAACGUAUACCCGACCAUGGAUCAGCAUCUGCCUCCGCCUGCCGUCGUUCCUUUCGUCGCUUUCGAUCAGGGCAACUCGGCACCGCGAUUCGCCAGGCUUACCUUGAACAGCAUACCCCAGUCUGCCGAUGCGCUCGCCUCGACCGCUCUUCCUCUUGGUCUCGUGCUACAACCGCUUGCCGCGCCGUCAGAAGGAGAACAACCCGUUCCAGUGUUGGACUUUGGAGAGGCAGGACCACCCAGGUGUAGAAGAUGCCGGGCAUACAUCAAUCCCUUCAUGGCCUUCAGGUCCGGGGGCAACAAGUUCGUUUGCAACAUGUGUACCUUCCCCAACGACGUGGCCCCCGAGUACUUCGCCCCGACAGAUCCCUCUGGUACCCGUGUAGAUAGAGCGCAAAGGCCGGAGCUUACGUUGGGGACCGUGGAUUUUAUGGUCCCGAAGGAAUACUGGUCGAAGGAGCCCGUGGGCCUGCGCUGGUUGUUCCUGGUUGACGUCAGCGCCGAGGCUGUGAACAAGGGUUUCCUAGACGGCUUCUGCGAGGGCAUCAUGAGCGCGCUUUACGGAAGUGAAAGCGAGGGCGAAGAGCAGGCUGGAGCAGGCACGAAGAAACUGCCCAAGGGUGCCAAGGUGGGAAUUGUGACUUACGACAAGGAAAUUCACUUCUACAACCUUAGCCCGAACCUGGACAAGGCGCAGAUGAUGGUCAUGCCGGAUAUCGAAGAUCCCUUCGUCCCCCUCAGCGAAGGCCUGUUCGUCGAUCCGGAAGAGUCCAAGUCCGUUAUCACUGCGUUGUUGACGCAACUGCCUACCAUGUUCUCGCAAAUCAAGAACCCGGAGCCUGCGUUGCUUUCGACUCUCCACUCGGCCUUGGAUGCGUUGCAGGCGACUGGCGGCAAGAUCGUCUGCUCGCUCGCAACUCUGCCCACAUGGGGUCCUGGGCGUCUGUUCCUCCGUGACGAUGGAAAGGGCCUCGGCACCGAUGCGGAGAAGAAGCUACUCACCACGGAGCAUCCUGGCUACAAGAAGAUUGGAGGGAAGCUUUGCGAGGCUGGCAUUGGUAUCGACUUCUUCUUGGCUGCACCUAGCGGUGGCUAUCUCGACGUUGCUACCAUUGGCCACGUCGCCGAAGUUACCGGCGGCGAGACCUUUUACUUCCCCAACUUCCACAGUCCUCGGGACACUCUCAAGCUCUCUCAAGAGAUCAGGCAUACCGUCACACGUGAGACCGGAUACCAGGCUCUCAUGAAGGUUCGCUGCUCGAACGGCCUGCAAGUCUCUGCUUACCACGGCAACUUCUACCACCACACUUUUGGCGCUGAUCUCGAGUUCGGUGUCAUUGACGCAGACAAGUCAAUCGGUGUCAUGUUCAGCUAUGACGGAAAGCUGGAUCCCAAGCUCGAUGCCCACUUCCAGAGCGCACUGCUGUACACAACCGCAAGCGGCGAAAGGAGAGUAAGAUGCUGCAACCUCGUUGCUAGCGUCAAUGACAACCCUGUCGAGACGAUGAAGUGCGUCGAUCAAGAUGCUGUUGUCAACAUCAUCGCCAAGGAAGCUGCAUCGCGUAUGGCUGAGCGCUCGCUCAAGGACAUCAGACAUGCCAUCACGGAGAAAACAGUCGACAUUCUCGCCGCCUACCGUAAGAACUUCUCGCACGGCCAUCCUCCGGGUCAGCUUGUUCUGCCCGAACACCUCAAGGAGUUCAGUAUGUACAUGCUCGGCCUGAUCAAGUCCCGCGCUUUCAAGGGUGGCAAGGAGCCGACAGAUCGCCGUGUGUAUGAUGCGCGCAUGCUCAAGUCCAUGGGUGCCACUGAGCUCUCGCUCUAUCUUUACCCCCGCAUCUACUCUCUCCAUAACCUUGAGCCUACCGAAGGCUUUGCCAACGAGCAUGGUCGCCUGCAAAUGCCGCCAGCUGUGCGCGCCACCUUCUCCAAGAUGGAAGAGGGCGGCGCCUACCUCGUCGACAAUGGCCAACAAGUCAUCCUCUGGAUCCACGCCGCCGUUUCGCCCAACUUGCUCGAGGACCUGUUUGGCCCUGGCGUCAACGACUUGCGCGCCCUCAAUCCCUUCCUCAACGCCUUCCCUGUGCUUGAGACUCACCUCAACGCCCAAGUUCGCAACAUCAUGCAGUACCUCGAGCAGACUCGCGGUAGCAAGGCCGUAACCAUCCAGCUCGCAAGGCAAGGACUUGAUGGCGCCGAAUUCGAGUUCGCCAGACUGCUGUACGAGGAUAGAAACGGCGAGGCACAGAGCUACGUCGAUUGGCUGGUCCAUGUACACCGGAACAUUCAACUCGAGGUAAGUUCAUAA